AUGUCCAUUGAAACUGUCCCAGAUUCUGGAUAUUACAGUAUUAGCAAUGUUAGCGUACAAAGCUCGAUUACGACAGCAACCGAUGACACUGUUUCAAUACAAAAAAUGCCGGAUUAUACCUAUUUUCGAAGCCUAUGGUGGACGGAAGGAAAUAUUCACCCAGAAGCAAAGUGGGAAGAAGCUAAGCUUCCAUACGUGCUCGUUGAGGGCGUGACUUUGGAAGAGUACGAACGUCGCACCGACGAGUUUAACGUUCAUGGUUUAUGGGAAUGGACAAAUUAUAAAGUCUCGGUUUAUGAACUUCCAUUAAAACCACAUGAAACUUGCAUUAGCGCGAUUAUUAAGUAUUUUAAUAAGAGCUGUGGUGAUGCUGACGAUACCAAUGCCAGAAUUAUAGGCUUUGGAGCAACUCGAACUCGUGAUGAUAAUUCUGGAAAGGAGGCAGAUGCGUCAUUUCGUCCAAGGAAACCACGAGUACCAGCACCAUCCGGAAGCGAUGGAGAGAAUGAACCAUGGCCAAAUAUCGUCGUAGAAGUCGCAUGUUCUGAAAGUAUAGAUCACGUUUUCGAAAAGGUAAAAAAUUACUGGCUAAUGGAUUUUAGUCGUGUGCAUGAUGCGAUAGUUAUUAAAAUCGAUCCAGUUCCUGAGAACAGAAUGCCUUCACGCAUGCAAGCAUGGCAUUUUUGUUCUAGGAACAGAAUAAGAAGAGGAGCAGAUCUUCCGCAUCGAACUCACUUCGAGUUUGGCACUCACGAUGGAGCCGGGAAUCCGUUGAACAUUCCACGAGGCGUAUGCCUCAUCAAAAUUGAUUUGGAUUGUCUUUACUAUCAAGCACGCUCUGAUGUCCGAAUUCCUCGACAUAUUCUCCCCGAUCCUAUUGUAUUGGAUUUCUCCAUUAUUCGAGAAGAAAUUUUCUAUGCUUAUGAUGUUUAA